AUGGAGGGUCAGGGAAAGGAUAAUCAUGCCUAUGAAGGUAGUGAAUUAGAUCUGACAAGUCGAAAUCAGCACAAUGCAGAGGGAACAAAUGAGGAUCCCGAAGAAGUAAAUGGAAACCUCAAAUAUUGUUCCCCUGAUGGAGAUCAACCUUCACCAGCAGUCGAUAAUGCCGCUAAUAGUGAUGAAGAAAAAUCGUUGCCUGGCAGUACCGUUCAACGCGAUCAAUGGGGCAAAGACAUAGAAUUCCUGAUGUCAUGCAUCGCAAUGUCCGUGGGCUUGGGAAAUAUCUGGCGCUUCCCAUUCGUCGCCUACGAAAAUGGCGGUGGAGCUUUUCUAAUUCCGUACAUAAUAGUCCUUUUCUUGAUUGGAAGACCAAUGUACUACUUAGAAAUGGUCAUUGGACAGUUCUCCAAUUACGGAUCAAUCAAACUGUGGAGAUUAUGUCCAGCAUUCAGAGGCGUUGGUGUUGGACAACUCUUCGCGAACCUGAUGGUGCUGUGCUACUACUGCUCUCUAUUGGCGCUUACUACUUUCUACUUCGUGAUGUCUUUCAAUUCCGAGUUGCCGUGGUCACGGUGUCGUCCGGAGUGGGGAAAUAUCUGCUUCGACUCCGUGAAAGGCUCAGGCAACAACACAGUGAAUGUAACAGGGAAGAGAAGUUCGUCUGAACUAUACUUCCUGAAGUUCGUGCUCAAUGAACCUGAAACCCUGGAUGAAGGUAUUGGAGUUCCGGACUGGCGCCUCGUACUUGGGUCUCUCUUCUCUUGGUCCACGGUGGCACUAGUUGUGCUUCGGGGUGUGAAGAGUUCAGGAAAGGCGUCCUACUUCCUGGCUCUCUUCCCGUACGUGAUACUGAUCACGCUUCUUGUAAGGGGCGCGACCCUGGAGGGCGCUGUUGACGGAAUACUGUUCUUCAUCACACCACAGUGGGAGCAGCUGGCAAAUCCAAAUGUUUGGUACGCUGCUGUGACGCAGUGUUUUUUCUCGCUUUCCAUGUCAUUCGGUACACUGGUGAUGCUAGCGUCAUACAACAACUUCAAGCAUAAUAUAUACAGGGAUGCUAUGAUAGUGACACUGCUGGAUACGUUCACCAGCCUACUGGCUGGUUUCACUAUCUUCUCCAUCCUAGGAAAUCUUGCAUAUGAAAUGGGUGUGGACGACAUUUCUGGAGUUGUAAGAAGCGGAACUGGCUUAGCAUUCAUUUCAUAUCCUGAUGCAAUAGCUAAAUUUGAUGCAGUUCCUCAGCUGUUUGCUGUUCUGUUCUUUUUUAUGUUGUUUGUGCUGGGAAUUGGAUCUGUCGCAUCAAUGGCGAACUGCAUUAUCACAAUUAUCUGUGAUCAGGUCCCGUCCCUAAAGUACUGGGCAGUUGCCAUCACAUUAGCAGUUGUCGGCUUCUUGAUUGGAUUGGUUUAUAUCACACCCGGUGGACAAUGGAUUCUAAAUCUGGUUGACCAUUACGGAGUGACGUUAGUGGUGUACGUUCUCGCAACGAUGGAACUAGUUGCCAUUUGUUGGAUUUAUGGAGUUGACAGAAUUUGUCAGGACAUCUAUUUUAUGCUUGGAAGGAAGACCGGGAUUUAUUGGAGGCUUUGUUGGGGAUUCAUUACUCCAAUCUUCCUGAUGGUUGUGCUAAUAUAUUCCUUAGUCACAAACACGUUAACUACCUAUGGAGGCAAACUGUAUCCUGAUAGUGCUUAUGCGGCUGGUUGGGUUUUGUUUGCCUUUGGUGUUGUCCAGUUUCCUCUGUGGAUGGCACUGAGAAUUUUCAGGAAAAGAAAUAUUUCGUUCAGAAAGGUAUAA